ACUCAGCUGAAGGCAAAGGAACAAAGAAAGAUCCAGACUCAGUGGCUGCUUUAGACAAAAGGAAAGUGAGAAGUGUCAAAGUCCCUUGUGAUGGAGAAAUUUAAGGCUGCUGUCUUGCUGGCAGGGGUAGGGGAUGCUCUUGGUUAUCGAAAUUUCACCCGAGAAAACAGUGCUUUAGGUGCAAAGAUCCAAGAGGAACUAAAGGAAAUUGGAGGACUUGAGAACCUGGUGCUGUCUGGAGACAAAUGGCCAGUGAGUGACAAUACCCUCAUGCACAUGGCUACAGCAGAGGCUGUCAUCACAGAUUACUGGUGUUUAGAAGACCUGUAUCGUGACUUGGUAAAACGCUAUGUUGAGAUUAUUGACAAACUUCCAGGGAAAUGGUCAGACCCCGCUACCAUUGAAGGUUGCUCACAGUUAAAACCAGAUAACUAUCUCCUAGCUUGGCACACACCAUUUAAUGAAAAGGGUUCUGGAUUUGGAGCUGCUACAAAAGCCAUGUGUUUAGGGAUGAAAUACUGGAAGCCUGAGAGGCUAGAAACUCUUAUUGAAGUGAGCAUUGAAUGUGGACGAAUGACUCAUAAUCACCCUACAGGCUUUUUAGGGUCCUUUUGUACAGCUCUAUUUGUAUCAUAUGCAAUACAAGGAAAACCACUUGUGCAGUGGGGAAGGGAAAUGAUGAAGGUGGUUCCAAUGGCUGAAGAAUAUUGCAAAAAGACCAUUCGACACAUGGCAGAGUAUCAGGAGCACUGGUUUUACUUUGAAGCCAAAUGGCAGUUUUAUUUGGAGGAGAGAGAAAUCACUGAAGAUAAUCAGAAUAAACCCGUCUUUCCUGAUAAUUAUGAUGCUGAGGAGAGAGAAAAGACUUACAGGAGGUGGAGUUCUGAAGGCCGGGGUGGAAGAAGAGGCCAUGAUGCUCCCAUGAUUGCAUAUGAUGCUCUUUUAGGAUGUGGUGGUGACUGGACAGAACUUUGCAACCGAGCAAUGUUCCACGGGGGUGAGAGCGCAGCCACUGGAUCUAUUGCCGGCUGCUUGUAUGGAUUACUUUACGGCCUGAACAAGGUUCCCAAAGGCUUGUACCAGGAUCUUGAACAGAGGGAGAGGCUAGAAUACUUGGGCGAGUCUCUUUACCGACGAUCCACAGAGGAAAACACUAAAUGUACAAAGUUUUGCGAUGAUAAGCUGCUGAUAGAUCCCCUGGUGCUGAAGAAGAAGCUAAAUAGGAUGGCAACAGAACCAGGGGCUUUUGCUGUCCUCAGCAGCCUGCUUCUUUACAUCACAGACCUCGUGGCCUGCGAUCCACAGAUGCCGAGGAAGAAAGCAAAAUGGGCAGAAGGCAAAGGAAACAAGGUGAUUUGUGAUCCUGACUGCCAAAGUACAAACAACAGCAAGCGCCCCACAAGAUUCCAGCUUUUGCAGUCCAAGUUCAUGAACAACAAUCGUGAACCUUACAUAAAGAAGACACGAGAAGUUGGCAAACUAAUCAUUAAAGAAAAGCAGUGGGCAAACAGGGGCUGUCUAAAUGCCCCUGUUAACAAAUCAGACAAAAAUAAGGAGAAAAAAGGAAGUGGUCAAGCACCAGACGAGAACAAACAGAUAAUGCCCAAUGAGCGGGUCAAGUGGAAUGGCCUGAGUGGGAAAAAUACAGUGAAAAACAUUCUGAAGAAAUUUUUAGCUGCAGAGGAGAAAGAAACUAAGGAGAAAGCUUCUGUCUGGAAAAAGAAAGAGCCAAGCAGUAAUUUGCCAAAAAUAAUCAGCAAGAAUUCUGUUCUCUCCAAACUGAAGGAAAAGUUUGAACAAGCUAGUUCUGUUUGUUCAGCCACAGAGGUGAAAACAUUGCUGUUGCACAAAGGUGAGAAAAAUAAUACAAAGGUCCCAAAUAGAAUAGCUAUUCACAAACCAAAGGUCACAGUGCUACACACUGUGACAACCACGGUUCUAAAUAGCCCUCGGCCCCAGUGUUUAGUGUGUACGACUGCUCCAAUGCCUAGAUUCAGUGUUGUGACUGAAAUUAGCCAUCCUUGGAGCUGGUUGACCAACAACACUGAUAGUAAUCAGCCUUUUGAUCAUGGCACUCAAAUGGGAGAGAUGAGUGACUCUGACAGCAAACAUGAUCUUAAGCCUGGUAAGAAUGAAAUGCCAGAAAAUAGGGCACAAGACAGAGAGUACAAAGGACAGAUGCAAACUGUACAAUGUGUCAUGCCCAAGGUCAUGAGUGACGACAAGGAUAGUGCUGAGACUAAAAUAGAUUCCGCAAACCAAGGACCUGAUUUUCUUCCUAAUCAAGACAGCUCUUCUACUUUCUGUCAAAAUAAAGCCCUUGCAGACUGCAUUCCUUCUUUAUCUAAACCCAGCCUAUCUCACAUGGGGAAUAGCACAUUAGCUGGAUUUGAUACAUCUUCAUUAGGAAAUAAUAAAGCUGCUCAAAAUGUUAGUGAAGACAAUCCAUCUACGAACUCGCCUUAUUCUGAUGUAGCUGAAGGAUCCAGUGCACAUAGUCCCCAGGAUAUUAAAGAGGUUGAGAUUCCUAAAAUAACAGUGAAUGCGUGCAGUUCAAAGGAGACAGAAAUAGAGUUCUCAGAGUCAGAAAAGGAUCCUCUCUUUGCAAGCCAAAAAUGUUUCCCGGAGGAGAAACUAUUGAAAAAUAUUCCAUCGUUUUGCUCCCCAGUAGCUCAGGCAUCGCAGAAUGUAGUGCCUCCAAAUGAUGACCUGCAGUUAACUGUCAAAAUACCAGGUACUGACAAAAUGCCACCACUCAUGCCAAGGCAAGAAAAUGCAUCAGAUUUUAAAGGCAAACAUUCAAAAGCAGCUGUAAAAAGAGAGAAAUUUCACUAUAAACAGGAAAUAGUUCCUAGUUCUAGAAAAAAUGAUUGCAAAGUCACAGCUAAGCAAGAAGAGGAGCCAGCGAUAAACCCAAACAAGCUGUCUGAUUGUCAAAUGCAAACUGAACAAAUAAACCAGGAAUCACAAGCACGUCAAAUGCUCAGCCCACAAAAUAACAUUGAUAAUUUCAGCACUAAUGUAUCAAAUCUGACUAUGAAUCAGACAUACCAAGUACACUCAUCAAAUGAUUCAAAGAAGGAAAAAAGUGGUAUUGUAGAAGAAAAGCAUAACUGCUCUGAUAUUGAAAAGGACCAAAGUUCAUUGUCAAGUUAUUUAGUGAAGCACAGGUGUUAUAUUCCAGAAGAGAAUUUUGGAAAGGACCAAUUAUCCUCAUCAAAUGAAAUGGCAAGUCAGGAAAACAAUACUGCCAGGCAAAGGAGUACCUUGUGUCAUCUGGAGACUUAUCAAAUGCCAUCAAAGUAUUUCAUGAAGCAUGAAAGUGACAUUGCAGAAGAGAAUCCCUGGCCUAAUUCUGAGACAUGUCGAUCAUCAAAUUAUUUAACAAAGCACAAAAACAAUGCUACAGAACAAAGAAUCUGGCAUGCUAUUGAAAAGCCCCAGAUCACAUCAUCAAAAGAUUUGGUGAAAGAUGAAACUGAUAGUGUAGAAGAUAAGAAGACUUGUCAUAAUUCUGAUAAGUAUCAAAUACCUUCUUCAAAUGAGUCAGCAAAGCAUAAAGAUGAUAUUAUAGCAAAGAAUGCUAUGUAUAAUGGUGAGAAUUAUCAGACACUACCAUCAUCAAGUGAUGUCACAAACCAUGAAAAUAAUACAGCCAAAGAGAAGAAUAUCCUUCAUGUUUUUGAGAAGAAUCAGUUACUCUCACCAAAUGAACUGGGGAAGUGUGAAAAUAAUACUGCAGAAGAGAUAAGUCCCUUGAUUAACUGGGAAAAGUACCGACUACCCUUGCCAAAUGAAUCAGAGAAGCAAGAAAAUAAUACUGUGGUAAAAACAAGACCCUGGCGUAAUCUGGAGCAGAACCAACUGCCAACUUCAAAUGAUACUCUGAAUUAUGAAAAUGAGAUGAGAGAUGAGAACUUUGAGAAAAACCAGUUUCCUUCCUUAAAUGAAAUGGUGACACAUGAAAAUAAUAGUGCAAGUGAGAGAAAUAGCUUACAUAAAUAUGAAGAGUACCAAAUGCUGUCAUCAGAUGAUGGCUUGAAGCAUGAAAAUGAUACGAUGGUAGAGAAGAAAGCUAUUGCAGCAGAGAGAAAUACCUUGUGUAACUCUGAGAUGUGCCAAAUACCAGCAUCGGGUGAUUUUAUGAAGCAUGAGGAUAAUAAUGCAAAAGAGAAUUCUUCUAGUUUUGAGACUUGCCAAUUACCCUCAUCAAAGAAUAAAAUUAACACUCCAGGACUGAGAAAUACCUUGUGUAACAUCAAAUACCAAAUGCCAUCAAGAGAUUUAGUGGAAAAUGAAUAUAAUACAACAGAAGAUGAAAACACCUGUUGUAAUACUGAGAAAUACCAACUGUUCUCAUCCCGUGAAUCAAUGAAACAUGAAAAUAAUGCUGCGGAGGCAAGAAAUAUCCAGAGUAACUUUAAGAAUUACCAAAAGCCAUCAUCAAGAAGUACAGGGAAGCAUGAAAACAAAACUGUCCAAGAGAAGAGUACCCAUCAUAAUUUUGAAGAGUACCAGUUACUCUCAAGAAAUGCACUACAGAAGCAUGGAAAGAAAGCUGCAGUAGAGAAAGAUACCUUGUGUAACCCUAAGAAGAAUAAAAAACAUCAUCAAGUUCAUUGGUGAAGC